AAGAUGAUCAUUAUUAUUAUUAUUAUGAAUCAUGGAUCAUCCUUUGCCAGCAGUUUACUGUUAUUUCACGGGGAAGUUGUUCAGUGGGAUGUGAAACUGAAUGAAAGAGGGGAAGGCCAGGGAUGGAGAGGGGGAGAAGGAGAGAGAGAGAGGCAGAGCGAUGUGGGGAGAGGGAGGGAGGUGAGGGAGGUGAGGGAGGCGUGUCCCAGCACCUCUCCCGUGUUUUUGUCCCGCACACAGCAGCCGGUCCCGACACACACGGACGGCUCCGCCCCAGAACAGCGCUCAGGCCGAUCUGCCGGGGGAGAGAAGGGAUGUCCCGGCAGGCAGCACCAGGAACACACCGCUGGGAGAACAUGAGCGGACUCUCAAAGGGAACCGAGACGUGGCGACGGGAGCGCGGAGGAUGUGCGCGUUUCUCUCACAAUCGCAUGAAGCUGAUUAUGUUCUGAGUGAACUUGACUCGCGGAGUUUUGCCUCAAACAGAAACUUUUAGUCGUUGUUGAGUCGGACCGCAGGAUGGAGUCUGAGGAGGGUAAGAUCUCCGUGUGGGUCUGCCGGGAGGAGAAGCUUGUCUCCGGGCUCACGAAACGCACCACGUGCGCGGACGUGGUGAGAGUUCUGCUGGAGGACCAGAACCUGCAGCAGGGUGCCUCGGCGGCGAUGCUGUCCGGCUCCCCGCAGUCCUACUGCGUGGUGGAGAAAUGGAGGGGCUUCGAGAGGAUUCUGCCCAACAAGACCAAAGUCCUCCGGCUGUGGGGCGCCUGGGGAGACGAGCAGGAGAACGUGCGCUUCGUCCUGGUAAAGAACGAGGCUUCGCUGCCCAACAACGGGCCCCGCAGCGCCGAGGCCCGGGUGGUCCAAAGCCGGGAGAGCGGAAGCCCGGGCGGCGGACUGAAGGGCACCGCCAGGACCUGCUGGACCGCCGCGGCCGCGGCCGCCAACCUGUCCCAGGAGAAACAGAGGCGCAUAGUCAGAAAGGCGUUCAGGAAGUUGGAUAAGAUGAACAAAAAGAAAGAGCAGUCUGUUUCUAAAGAUAAGGGCUCCGCGGAGAAGAUGGAGACGCUGGUGCACCUGGUGAUCUCCCAGGACCACACCAUCCGCCAGCAGGUCCAGAGGGUCAAGGAGCUGGACCGGGAGAUCGAGCGGUACGAGGCUAAAGUGCACUUCGACCGCAUCAAGAGACACGGGGUAAACUAUGUGCAGGACACAUACAUGGUGGACUCCUUCUCGUCCUCCUCCUCUUCAGAGGCUCCCGCUCCCUCGGACUGUAAGCGGCAGGACGCGCGGUCCACGGCGGAGGCGGUCGCGCAGUUCCAGGAGUACGCGCGCCGCUGCGAGGAGGUGGUGCGGCUGCAGGAGGAGCUGACGGAGCGCGAGGCGCUCAUGGAGUGCAUCACCGGGGAGAUUCAAGAGGAGCUCAACCGGCGAUGGAUGAAGCGGCGGCGUAGCGAGAGGGGAGCGGACCCCGCGAAGGACGCCGGCGGAAUCCCGGCGACUUCCGCCGCACGCAUCCCCGCAGAGCCGGAUGUGGACAGCUUUUCCGAGGACGAGUUCACGCUGGAGGAGGAGAGGAUCAAAACGCAGCUGGACACCAGCCUGUACAUCGGCCUACGGCUGAAGACGGACAUGGAUGCCAUCAGGGGGGACUUGGACCUGAGCGUGGCCCUCUGGGAGACCCGAGAGAGUGAACUUCUGGACCUUCUGGCCAAAGUGGAGACCAUGGAGAUAGAGCAGGCGGACAGCACCCUGAUGGACGAGGGCGGGGCAGAGCCAGACUCGGCAGGUGCCGAGGCCACGCUGGCGUCUGCGGAUAAGAGCAAAGUCUGGGCGAAGCAGUCCAGGGGUCUGUCCAAGGCCUGCAACACCGACGAGGACUCGGACACGGGCCUGAGCUCCAUGCACAGCCAGGACUCCGACAACCCGCCCGUGUGCGAGUCGCUGGUGUAGACACGUGUUUGUUUGCGUGCACGUUGGACUUUUUAUGCAACGGAAAGGUCACAAACUCAGGGGCAGAGAGAGUCAGAGUUGACGAUACCAGGGAAAUUGUUCCUCCCUACCCACAAUGCACCUCAAUAUGAGUACUGUAAUUCUAUAGCAAUAAUUCAUGUUUGUAGUUGCACAAUAAGCUAGGAGCGAAUGGCAUGCUUAGAGCUUUUAAAGGCCGAGCUGCUCCGUCACUGACCAGCGAGGAGAGUACCACUCUGGUGGAGUGAUCUGAUAGGUCACUUGGGAUGUGAGGUCUGCAGUGAUGUCAAAGUGUAAACGACAGCUUGCUUCCUGUCAGGAUACAGUGUGACUUUCUGCUCAAGCUGCUGGAAGGUAAUAAAGCUGAGCGCUGCACCUUCAUCAAGAAGUGCUCUUUUUGGUCAGCGACAAAGGACAGAGGUCUUCUGCCGCCUCCUUACAAUCAGAUUCAGAGCCAGUCAGACACCAGAAGUACUGCUCCUGUAAAUGUGAUCCGUAGCCGCGGAUUGGAGUGGUACCACUGAGCCCGUAUCCUGCCAGCUAAUCAGAGCACAUGGCUUGACAUUGUCUUCAUUAUGAGUAGUGUCCGUCUUUAAAGCACCAAAAAGUCUUAUUUAUUUAAGUGGUGGGUCAUCUCUACACGCUGUGAUUACAUGAUUAAACAGGGAGCACAAAAGGAAAGCUUCCCAUUAACAGGAAGUUCAAAAACAGGAAUUAUUUUCUCCAUCAUGUGGUGCGAGUUAUUGUGUGAGAAAAAUGCAGCCCAAUGGCAAUGUGAGCCGGCCCAUUCGAUAUCUGUGGUUCAGCAGUUUUACGCUUCCGAUCACAAUUGUUACUUAAUAAGACAUGUAUUUAACAGUAUAUGGGGAGCCAGAAAUGUAAAAACCACAGUUAGCAGUGUUUUUGGCCUUCUGGGCUUUAGUGCCCGACCUUUAUGAUGACGCAGUGCUUUUAAGUCUCAACCCUGGGGCCCUUGUUCUAGUCCGUCUGUGAGUACACACACCGAUAUGAUGGCAUUUCUAAGACACUCUGCUGGACAUCCCCACAGUAUCUGUGUCUCUGAACGCUAUGGCAUUAUGGGUAAACUAUUUUAAGCCUCCUGUCACUUUUUUUUAUAUCCUGGGAAAGAAAAUCAUAGACCCCAACCACUAAAAGAACUCAAAGAGAAGCGAGCAGGAAACAGAUGGCCCUUCAACUGAACCUCUUUGUGUCCAGCUGUGGUUCUUGUCUAAUUGUAAAAUGGUGAGAGUGAGAAACCUUGGAACACCCUGAAGACUCUGAUGAGACCUGUUUGUGCGGCACACGCUGUUUGCUGGUUUCAAAUACCAAAAUGUGUAGCUAAUUCAUACGCUGCUUUAUUGGGACAGUGCCGGGGCGUCUCAGUCCUCAACAUUCUGCCUUCUGGGUCGGCUCUAGAUCAGUGGGAGGGGGGGGGGAGGGGGGUGCAAAAUGAAAAUGUAAUCGUCAUCAAAGUUGACAGUUGUAAAAGGACUCAGAUGCACUGUGGCUGCGUCGCAUCGCAUUGUCUCUCAUGUCUGUUAGUGUUGAAAUAAAGAGCAAAAAGCCCU